AUGUGGAUAUUCCUGGUACUAAUCGUGCCAGUAGUGGCCAGUCAGCAGCCAUGGGUGCCGUGUUCGGAGCUAAACGAUGAUCUUCGCUACCCUUGUCGGUGUAGAGUGCAAGUGGACAGAGCACUGCAGUUACGCAUCUUGAUGAACUGCGACAGGGUAGUUUUUGCUGGGGAUUUUCCAUCGUUUCCAUACGGAGCGCCAAUCAUCUCGUUCAGUCAAAGAUGGGCAGGUCAGCAGUCUUUGCCAACGCAGAUAUUUUCAUCAUAUGGCCUACCACUCAAGGAAUUGGAUUUUUCACACAAUAGUCUUCGACGUUUGCCUGAUCGUCUUUUGGCAGGAAUUCGAGGGAACAUCACCAAAGUAGUUCUCGCGGAUAAUCUUCUUGGAGAUAAUCUGAAUCCAAUAUUCUCCACAGCAGAGUUUCAUAACUUACCUGCCAUAGAAGAAUUAGAUUUAAGUGGAAAUAAUAUAAGGGGUUUGGAAGAGGGACUCUUGAUUGGGUGUGAUGUUUUAAAGGUAUUACGCCUGGACCGUAACAAUAUGAAUUUCGUUCCAUCUUCCUCACUCAACGGCCCGCAGUCAUUAAAAGUUCUCUCGCUCAGGGAAAACAGAAUAGGCACAAUACGGCAAGCGGCGUUUGUAUCACAAAAGGCACUAGAGGAAAUUGAUUUGCAUGGUAAUAUGAUUUCAACGGUAGAAGGCGGUGCGUUUAUUAGUCUCAGUGAACUACAAAGCCUAGACCUCGGUCGCAACAGGCUCUCGAAGUUUAAUAGCGAUGUCUUUCAAGGAAUCGAGAAUUUAGAAAAAUUGGAUCUCUCCGAGAAUUUUAUUUCUGAUUUUCCGACAGUUGCUCUAAAGUCAUUUGCUAGUCUUAAAAAUUUAAAUCUAUCCAGCAACAUGAUAUCGAAUAUGGAUCCGAGCCAUCUCAACUCACUGACCUCAUUGGAAGUGCUGGACUUAAGUAGGAACAAUCUGGUUAAGCUGUCUCCUGGAACUUUUGUAGGCCUAACUGACUUACGUUAUUUGGAUGUUGGGGUUAACUCUCUUCGAACUGUGGAGGAUGAUGCAUUUGAUGGUUUAACAAGUCUCCAAACUCUUCUAUUAAGGGAUAACAACAUUCUACUUAUCCCAACAACAGCACUAUCUCGAUUGCCUAGUCUGACGUCAAUUCAUUUGGGAUUUAAUCGAGUGACAGCACUUUCAAGCGAUAUUCUAAAAGCUGUUUCAGACCGAAUCAAUUCUUUAGUAUUGUCGCGGAACGUGAUAAGAGAAUUGCCACAAGGCGCAUUUGAACAUUUUAAAAAUUUGAGACAUUUGGAUCUAUCAGGGAAUCUUUUAAACUCUAUAUCCGCAGAAGUAUUCAGUGGACUGGAGAUGACGCUAGAAUUUUUGUCACUUAGUCAAAAUAGAAUAUUAGGUUUUACUGGACAACAACUUAAAUUUGUAAAUCUUUGGUUUUUAGAUAUUUCUGGGAACCAAAUUUCAGAAAUUCCUGUUGAUGCUUUCCAAUAUAUUCCGAGUUUAACUCACCUCAACAUGAGUCAUAAUUUACAUAUUAAUGUCUUGCCACAAACUGUAUUUAACCAAAACGAUGCAUUGUUGUCAGUCGAUAUUAGUCAUGUGGGAUUGAAAGCACUUCCAGUUAAUUUAUUUUCAAAAAAUCAUAACUUGGAGCAAAUUUACCUCUCUCAUAACAAUUUACAAGAAAUAUCUGAGGGCACUUUUAAGAAUCUCAAAAAUUUGACACAUCUUGAUCUUUCAUAUAAUUAUAUUGUAACAAUAAGAACUCCAGCAUUUGUAAAUGUGAUGUCUAUCCAAUACUUGUCUUUAAAGGGGAACCAAUUAAAUGCAUUUAAAGGCGAAUUCUUUAACACCGGAACAAGCUUAGAAGUUAUUGAUGUUUCGGAUAAUCAAUUAAGCUACUUGUUUCCUUCCUCGUUCAAAAUUCAUCCACGACUGAGAGAAAUUAUACUUACAAAUAACAAAUUCAACUUCUUCCCUUCUGAAUUAAUAAGUACUUUACAGUAUUUAGAAUUAGUGGAUUUAUCAGGAAAUGCUCUGAAAAAUGUUGAUGAACUUGAUUUUGCUCGUUUACCGAAGUUAAGAUCAAUUCUACUGGCGAGAAAUGAACUUGAAUCAGUCAGCGAAAUGGCGUUCCACAAUUCAAGUCAAAUUCAACAUUUAGAUCUUUCAUUUAAUAAGAUUGAUCGUUUAGGUGACAGACUUUUCGAAGGUCUUAUUCGAUUGGAACAUUUAAAUUUGGCUGGAAAUCUUCUAACAGAGUUACCAGAUAAUGUUUUCGAUAGAUCGAGACUUCAUAUGCUCGAAUCAAUUACUCUCAGUCAAAAUUUGUUCGAACAAGCUCCACUUAAGGCUUUACAAAAGCAAUACUUUUUCGUGUCGUCAGUUGACUUAUCACAUAAUGAGAUUAUUGAAAUUCCAGCUGAAGAUAGUGUCAUGGUCAAUAUUAAAAAGCUAGACCUUUCAUUUAAUCCUUUGUCUGAAAAAACUAUCAACAAUGUUUUAACCGAACCUAAAACCGUGAGAGACCUAAACUUAGCGGGUACUGGUAUAAAAUCAGUCGGACAGCUAGAAACUCCAUUUUUAUAUAGGUUAAACUUAUCUUACAACAAUAUAACAAAAUUGUCUGAAAAAACUUUUGUUCGGACAACUUUAUUAGAAUCAUUAGAUCUAUCUCAUAAUCAAAUUGGAGACAUUUCUAAUUCACUUUCAAUUUCUUGGCCAAAGCUGAAAUAUCUUCAAAAAUUGAACAUUUCUGAAAAUCCAAUCAUAAUGGUUCUAGAAGGAAAUUUUGAAGGACUUUCGUCACUCCGUAUUUUAGAUAUGAGAAACUUAGAAAAAUGUACAAAAAUUGAAAAGAAUGCCUUUAGAACAUUAUCUAAUUUAGUAGAACUCCGCGCGUAUGGGUAUCCGCGAUUAGGCUAUUUCGAUGUACAAGGAGCUUUACAAUAUGUAUUAGCUUUAGAAAAAUUAGACGUGGAAGUAAAAGAUACGAAUAUUGGACCUGAUCAAUUACAUUCGACGUUACAUCCACGUCUUGAAGAAUUAGGACUUAGAGGUAAUCGAUUAAAGACAGUAUCUUCGGGCGUACUUGCAGGACUUAAAGCUCCAGGCAUUAUAGUUCGUCUGAGAAAUACAUCGGUUUUGAUUCUUCCCCCUGCAUUACUCUUCCCUCUACCACGUUCAUCACGAAUAACAAUUGAUGUGGGUGGAAGUCAAUUAACGACUUUGCAACCGCAAUUAUUAGUUGCACUCGAUGAUCGUCGAGCAGAUUUAUCUAUGUUUGGUUUAGAUACAAAUCCCAUUCGUUGUGAUUGCAACUCGAGAGCUCUAAGACGCUGGAUACCAACCGUGGGUAUUGAAGAGGUUAGAUGUAAUUCUCCUGAUUAUUUAUCUGGAUACUUGCUUACCGAGAUAGGCGACGAUGAACUAUCCUGUGAUACUAAGAGAAAAACUACCGCAACAUCAUCCUCAAGUGUAUCAACAACGCUACCGCCACGGCUUGUACAUCGCACCUCAGCAGAACCUGAUAUUAUUUGGUCAGUUGCACCAUCACAUGAGCGACCAAAGGGUGCUGGUGAGCCAAAAGGUGCUCCAGUUAUUGGUGUAGCCACAUCAACAAACGAUGACAAUUUAAUAAUUGGAAUUGUUGGUGGAGUAGUCGCAUUUAUAGCUAUACUUAUUGUUGCAAUAUGUAUUGUUCGGUUGCGCAUGACGACGACAUCAUACAGAGGUGGUCCGCUGGCUAACAGUCCGGGAGCUGGUGCUGCGCCUCUUUGGGGAGCAGCAUGGCCUGGUUAUGCGGCUACAUUGCCACCGCCAUCGUUGUCUACAGCGACACUGCCGCACAAAGUUCAAAGUGGUCCAGGUUCCGUUCGAUAUUUGGCACCCCCACCGCCAGCUCCAUACUUUAUAAGCUUGCCACCACACGAUGACAAAAUCUAUCGGUGAAAUAAGCUUCAUAUUAUCCAUUAGUGUUCUAAAAUAUAACGUGUAAAUACAAUAGUAAUAAAUUAUUGGAUGUGGUUCUCCCGAAAAUGACGCUUGUAAUUUGUGCUUUAUUUUAAUCAGUGUAGAAUGUUGUCUAUUACUCUCUAAUUAUGAUAUAUUUUUUAAUAACGUUAAGUAAGUAUAACUGUUUGAAUGUUGUAUUGGUUAUUAAAUACAGUUAAGAUCAGGCUAGGUUUGAUUUAUCUAGUCACAAAUUGCAGGUUCAAUAGAUUGCUUAAACAAGAUACAGCACAAAUUUGUGUAAAAUAAUUUAUUAACCUCUAAAUUAUAACUGAUUUUAAGCUGCUAUAAUAUAGAUAGUGUAGUAUAUUUUUAUUAGUUAUAGAAAAUAAACUUUUAUAAAACAA